ACAUUUCGUUGGCAGAUUUGACGCAGAUGACUGCAUCUGUCAGUGUCGCGCUGCACAGUUUUACAUACCGAUUCGCAAUAUAUUUAUAAUACUUUACUUAAUUUUUUCAGUGCCCAGUACUUCGUAAUGCAACCGAGAAGCGCGUAGUUUCUUUUUCAUAAUAUUUCAUUACCUCAUUAUGUCAACGUUUCUCUCGUCAAAUCAACAAACAAAAAUAACCCAGAUUCGUCGUAUCAAAUACCGCAAACAGCUCCCGAAAGUUUAUUGAACGUUUUUUCCUCUCAGUUUUUUUAGUAAAAUAAGUGCCAAUAUGCCCGUGGUUCCUUUGGACAGAUUGCCAUUGCCGAAUUUGAAGGCAUACUCGUUUGUCAGUGUGGUGGCCCUUUCUGUAUGCGUCUACUACGCGACCCAGAUCAUCAAAGAUCCGAAUUGGUAUUAUACGACAGAAUCUGAGGAGACAUCAGAACACGCUGGUCCAGAACACCAGAAUGGUACCGAGCCCGAAGGCAGAUCCAUUGGCCAGUUCGUUACAGAUAUUUUUACCAUUAUGAUAAGAGAGCCAGUUUGUGUAUGGACGAUGAUAAACAUGGCGUUCUGCUGGCUGAUCCUCUUGGGCCGGGCCAUACAGAAAUUAGUUUUUGGCGAACUGCGCGUAUCUGAACAGCAACACCUGCGAGACAAAUUCUGGAACUUCGUCUUCUACAAGUUCAUCUUCGUGUUCGGCAUCAUCAACGUCCAGUACGUCGACGAAGUGCUGCUGUGGUGCUCGUGGUUCUCGCUGCUCGGCUUUCUGCACCUGCUCUCGCAGCUCAGUAAGGACAGGUUCGAAUACUUGUCUUUUUCGCCACGCACCCCGUUUUGGAGCCACGUCAAACUGAUGGCUCUCCUGGCUGCAAUUUUUGCCUUGUCUGGCUUCAUGUUCGUCGUCUCAAUUUUCGUCGGCUUCUUUGGCGGUUUCAAUACUUUUGCCUUCAUGUCAGCAGAGGUUAUAUUACUGGCCAUAAGAACCCUCCACGUCAUCAUCCGUUACGCCCUCCACUUGUACGACACGCGCAACGAAUGCACAGUCCCAAUGAACUCCAGCGAGGAGGAGAGCAAAGUAUGGGAGAGGAAGGGCCCCAUCUGCUACUACACGGAACUCUGCUUCGAACUGACCUCCCUCAUAAUCGACCUAGUCCACCACCUGCACAUGCUGCUCUGGAGCAACAUCUUCCUCUCGAUGGCCAGUCUGGUGGUAUGCAUGCAGCUCAGGCACCUCUUCCACGAGAUACAGCGCAAGUACAAGAAGCACAGGAACUAUCUGUGGGUGAGGAACCACCUUGAACAGAACUACCCGAUGGCGAACGAGAAGGAGCUGCAGGAGAACUCCGACAAUUGCGCCAUCUGCUGGGAGAAGAUGGACUCGGCGAGGAAGUUGCCGUGCGCACAUUUGUUUCACAAUACCUGCUUAUUGUCGUGGCUGGAGCAAGACACAUCCUGUCCGACCUGUAGAAUGGCACUCAACAUACAAAACCCGUCCGCAGCCAAUCAGGAACCACCCGAGCUGCAGGCCGAUACCCAAGAAAACGUUAGAAGACCUUUCAAUCACUUUUUCCAUUUCGAUGGUUCCAGGUAUGUUUCGUGGUUACCCAGCUUUUCAGUCGAAGUCAGCCACGCACAAGCCAUUCGACAGAAUCACAUCGCUGCUUCUAAUUCCCAACUAGACGCAAUGGCGAGACAGGUUCAGACUUUGUUUGCGCACAUUCCUCUGUCAACCAUCAUCGAAGACCUAAGGGUGACCCGUUCUGUGGAAAUGACCAUCGAAAACGUACUGGAUGGAAGACUUGUUGCGCCUCCGUUGUUCAGGGAUCUUGAUCUAGAUCAGCCAUCGAGCCGACCUUUGUCUCUGCUUCAGACAGAUCCGGAACCUAGCACUAGAGACUGGGAUCAGUUCAAUACGGAAAGUGUGGAAAGCGAGGAUUCUGUAUCCUUGGGCAGUCGUUUUUCGAAGUCAUCAUCGGAACGCGAAAAAAUCCUUCACAAAAGAAAGGAGAACAUGAUCCAGCAGGCGAGGAGGAGGUACAUCGAGAAGCAGAAGGCGGCCGUAAGCGCUGUCCAGUCGGAACUACAAAGUUGAAGAGCUGAAUGGCUGUGAAUGAAGAAAAACCUGGAAAACCGAUUGGAUAGUCGUCGGAGUGUUCGCAGAUAAAUUGUUUGAAAUAUUAUCGCAAUUAUGUAUUGCUACCAUAGCUGUAUGUUUUAGGAAUAAAAGAAAUUGCCAAAAUUAAGGAGAAUCGCAAGAGAUAAGAUCUCGGUCGAUGUUCAAUCAUUCUCUUUUGGUAUAAUAGAGAGAGCGUC